CUGAAAAGGAGUCAAGACAUCACUAAAGCCUGGGGAACAAAGUCGGAGCAGCUGCUGAGGAUAGACGACCACGACUUCACCAUGAGGCCGGGGUUCGGAGGACCUGCUGUCCCAGUCGGAGUGGAUGUUCAGGUUGAAAGUUUGGAUGCUAUUUCAGAAGUCGAUAUGGACUUCACUAUGACCCUGUACCUGAGGCAUUACUGGAAAGACGAACGCCUGUCCUUCAGGAGCAACAAGAACCAGAGCAUGACCUUCGACGGCCGCCUGGUGAAGAAGAUCUGGGUCCCCGACAUGUUUUUUGUCCACUCCAAGAAGUCCUUCACUCAUGACACCACCACGGAGAACGUCAUGCUGCGGGUUUACCCCGAUGGGAAAGUCCUCUACAGCCUCAGGGUGACAGUCACAUCAAUGUGCAGCAUGGACCUGAGUCGCUUUCCUCUCGACACGCAGACGUGCUCUUUGGAGAUAGAGAGCUAUGCGUACACAGACGAUGACCUGAUGCUGUACUGGAAGGAAGGGAACAGGUCGUUAAACACGGACGAGAGGAUUUCUCUCUCCCAGUUUCUCAUCCAGGAGUUUCACACCACCACCAAGCUGGCCUUCUACAGCAGCACAGGUUGGUACAACCGUCUGUACAUCACCUUCACUCUGCGGCGUCACAUCUUCUUCUUCCUGCUGCAGACCUACUUCCCCGCCACGCUGAUGGUCAUGUUGUCCUGGGUGUCCUUCUGGAUUGACCGCAGGGCCGUCCCUGCCAGGGUGCCGUUAGGUAUAACCACGGUGCUCACCAUGUCCACCAUCAUCACUGGAGUGAACGCAUCCAUGCCGCGGGUGUCCUACAUCAAAGCUGUGGACAUUUACCUGUGGGUCAGCUUCGUCUUUGUCUUCCUGUCGGUGAUAGAGUACGCCGCCGUCAACUACCUGUCCACCCUGCAGGAACGCAAGGAGAGGAAGCACAGAGAGAGGGUCAGUACGAGUCACCUUCAGCUGCCAUGUACGUGUGGUUUAGCUCAUCCUGACAUGAUGUCCUCCAGCUACAGCGAGGUGGACGCCAACAAUACAGGAAGCUAUGGCAUGCCAGAGGAGAACGGCAUCAAGCGGGAGAGGAUGCUGGUGCAGCUGGCGAUGGAGAGCGACCAGAUCACCGGACACGUGGGCACCAGCGCGUAUAGCAACGUCUGGAUCGACACGCACGUCAUAGACAAAUACUCCAGAGUCCUUUUUCCUGCAUCUUACAUUCUCUUCAACGUCAUCUACUGGUCCAUCUACUGCUAA